AUGGGAUCGGCGGAGUUGGACAUCCCUGACACCGAAAUCAGUAGUCAAUCUCAGAGGCCGAGGCCGAGGUCGAUGGAAGACGACGAUGAAGAAUCGACGCCGGAAAUUGUGAGGACGAUGAAGGUUGUCGGGGACGGGGACGAUAAUAGUGUAAAGGGUAAUAACAACUACAGUUACAGUAGUUAUAAUGAUAAGAAUGAUGAUGAUGUUGUAUAUGUGGGGAAUGAAGAGAAGCCUUCAAAGGGAGAAAUAUUUAGCUGGUAUUUCUAUGGCCUCUGCUCCUACUUCAUACACACCCUUCUUAUUCCUAUUGUGUUUCCUCUCAUCGUUAGCCACACCGUUCCUCCGCCUCAACAACUUUGGUCGCCCAUUCACAGAGACGGCGGAUGUUCCGUCAAGGAAUUGCAAAUAUACACAACAGUGACAAAUCGGAUUAUAAAGAUCGGCGGCGCUAACUUUUCCCCGCUGGACUGGAUAUCCUUUUCUUGGGGGAUUGGCCUAAUUCUAGUGGCCCCACUACUCGGAAUUCUGUCCGUCCACCUCGACUUUGGCCGGAAUCAGCAAAUCGUCGCCGCAGCCGCCACCGGAGCAGGAGCUCUCUUCUGCCUCCCCGCCGGGUUCUUCAGGACCAGAUGGAUCUUCCCGCCGUACAUCGCCGUCAUCGUGGCCGCCAACACCAUUUCCAACUCCUCCCACGCCCGCCACCUCGGCCUCAUGGUCCGCGGCCUCGUCGGAAACUCAAUCCGGCAACGACAUUUUCCGGACAGAAGAUCGGUGGCCAGCUGGCUCUCCCUCCACGCCACGGCGGCGGGGUGCCUCGGCGCCGCCGCGAUCUCCGCUUUUACUUAUCAUAUGCUCCGAAACUCCGACGGAUUCACGAGCUUGUGGGUCGUGUCGAUCUUUAGCGGCCUUAUAUGGGUUUUGGGGAUGGCCCACAUUUUUGGGUCGAACCGACCCGGAAACACACCCUCCCCGAAUGAUGGCCCGACCCAGAAAGCCCAUAUGAUUUCCAUAUUCAAAUACCCGCACGCGGCCGGGAGCUUAGCCGGAGUUUUCCUUUCAUCUUUCGUUACAAUGUGCAUUUUCGCCGGAGCUGUUUUGUACGCAAUCGGAGACCUCUGCGUAGAAGCUCCGAUUCUGCUAUACCUAUGGCUGACGUAUUUCAUCUUCCCAAUAAUUUCCCUUCCAUUAACGCACCCAAUUCAGCAACUGAUGAAACUCGACGCGGUAAAAAUGCAGCUUCUAGGGUUCCUCUUAUCGGUCCUAACAUCCGGGUUCGGGUUCUACUACCGCCGCGCCAAAUGGAGCAGCGGUCACCUCCUCCUCUUCGCCGCGAUCCAGAGCACCGCCACCGGUUUCCUCCACGCGUUCGGGCGCGUGCUGCUGCUGGACUGCUCGCCGGCGGGGAAAGAAGGGGCGUUUUCGGUGUGGUUCUCGUGGGUCCGGGCGCUGGGCUCCUGCGCCGGGUACGCGCUUGCGUCAGCAUUCCCCGGGAAUAUCAGCAAGUCGUUUGGGACGGCGUUCUGUGCCGCGUGCCUUGGGAAGAUAAUACUGAUAUUUGGGAAUAUAAGCAGUUUUGGAGGGGCAAAAGCGGCAGGAAAUGUGAGGGAGUACAGUGAAAAGGGUUCGCCGGUGGCCGCCGUCGUCGAGGACGACAACGUUAAGGUUCACGCCGGAGGGAAGACGGAAGUCUAAAACUUUUUUUUUUUAAUGGUGACUUUUUAUUCUUUUUUUAUAAAUAAGAAAUAGAGUAACUGUACAUUUACUCUAAUAAGACAAAUAUCAAAUAAUUAUUUUGUAUAUUUUGAUUGGGUCACUAUCAAAUUAGAAUUUCGUUUAAUUUGAUGGUUAACCAAUCAAAGACUUGUUUUAUUAAAAAUAUUUUGAGUA